AUGCGCGUCCAUGCUUUUCUAGAACAAUGGGGUCUUGUUAAUUAUCAGAUCGACGCCGAAUCACGACCCGCUCAGCUCGGCCCUCCACCAACUUCCCACUUUCACGUUCUGGCCGAUACGCCAUCUGGAGUGCAGCCAGUUGAAGCUCCUAAAUUCAAAAAAGCGUCGAAAGAAGUAUGCGACACUGCCGAAGGAGAGGUCGAGCCCAAGCAAGAAGUUGAAAACUUCGGGCUAAAGGCUGAUAUCUAUGCCGAGAAGAACAAGAAAAAACAGGACAAGAACGCGUCAAAACCAUGGACCGAGCAAGAAACUCUUUCGUUGCUAGAGGGUUUGGAGAUGUUCAGAGAUGACUGGAAUAAAGUUGCUGAACAUGUGGGUAGUCGAACGCAAGACGAGUGUAUAAUGAAUUUCCUCAAAUUGCCGAUCGAGGACCCCUAUCUUGAUGGAAAGAAACUAUCCGGAAACGAUGGAAAUUAUGACUUUAUGCCCCUUCCAUUUAGCCAAGCUGGAAAUCCGGUUAUGACGACCGUUGCUUUCCUCGCAUCUGCGGUUGAUCCUCAAGUUGCUGCUGCUGCGGCAAAGGCCGCUCUUAAUGAGUUCAGCAAGCAACAAUUCGCAGUUCCCACCGCAAUAGAAGAAGCACACAAAGACGCUGUGAUGAAACACAAGGAAACUACAGGCGAAUGUGACCCUGAACACGGUCUGGAUGAAGCUGGCAUCGCUGGAGUUAAGCGUGACGCUGAGAGCAUGGAAGAGAAAAUGGAUACCGACGCGGCAUCAUCUCCAAAAGAGAAUGGCGAAGGUCCUUCUCCGGCCAAAAAAGAAAAAACAGACAUGACCGAUGAAGAGCUAAAAAAGGCAGCUGCAGUUGCUCUUUCUUCAGCCGCUGUAAAAGCAAAACAUCUUGCAACACAAGAAGAAAGAAAAAUCAGAUCUCUAGUUGCGGUCCUUGUUGAUUUCCAAGUCAAGAAAAUGGAGCUCAAGAUGAAACAGCUUGACGAGCUUGAAAACAUGCUCGAUAAGCAACGAGACACUAUUGAAAAUCAACGACGACAGCUUAUCGCAGAGCGCCAGCAAUUCCACAUGGAGCAAAUAAAAAUUCAAGAAGCUACUCGUCAACGCGAAGCAGCCCAGCGAGCGCCUAACGCGGAAACUGGAGCAUCUGGACAAGUACAACAGGCAUCGAAUAUGGCUCGUGGCCCUGCUCAAGGACCCCCUGUUCAGGGUUUUCCUCAGCAGUUUCCACCACAAGGUCAAUCAGUCCCGCAGCCUGCUCAAGGCAACGGACCAGUGGAAAACUCAACCGCACCUGAACCAAUGAUGAGGUUCACCACUGCUCGCCUUGCCUACAACCACGGCAACCGACUCGGUUAUCUUGGAUAUGGAGUCAAGCCCGGUCAGUCUGUUGUUGGACCCUCCGACACUCGGGCUUUCCGAGACCUCAAGCUCGGCGAAGUUGCUGGUUGGCUCCGAGGACGACCCGUCGACUUCCCAUACACUUUCAUGGCUGUCCGAAGAUACUGGAAGGCUUUCCUCUUCAAGUACUCUCGACCUGGUAUGCACCCCGCCUCCCUCUUCGGUUCCCAGACCGUUGGUGGCCCAGGAAUGAACCACAACUUCCUCCUCUCUGGAUCCGGAUGGGCAAUGAUCUUCGUUGCCUUCUUCACCUUCUUCCAGCUCGUCAUCUUCAAGGACGAGAACCACCACCACCAGAAGGUCAAGUACCACACUUACCCUGUCUCCGAGUCCAUCAUGUCCCUUGUCCCUGGAUUCGCCCAGAAGGGACGAACCGAAGGUGACUUCGAAUCGAGCGGUGUCAUCAAGACCAUUCUCGCCGCUGGCUUCUUCGGUAUCUCCGCUGCCGGUGUUGCUGCUAACCCACAGCUCGGUGGUGCAGCUCUCUUGGCCGCCAUCUACUACUUCACCUCCAUCGCUCCCCACCAGCAGGUUCCUCUCCUCCAGGAGGACCGAGCCUACCUCGCUGAGCUCCUCGGCGCUGAGGGCGCUGAAGUCGAUGCCCUUGUUGCCAAGAACAACGCCAUGGGCGAGAAGUUCAACUACUCUAAGCUUGGCGCUCUCCUUGACCUCGUCCCCAAGCUCUAA